UUGUGACUGAAGUUCUUUCUUGACUGACGAAGCAGUUUAAUGAAGAAGUUUAUUAUUUGAUAUGUUUUGUGUCGAUGUGAGAAUCAGACAAACUGAGGUUUACACCACAGACCAGUUCGUCCUGAUGGCUGAUUCACUUUGUUGAUCAAAUGAGAUAAUGCAGAUAUUCGUAUAAUAAUCAUAAGUGAGUCUCUGCUGCUCCUGUUUCUUGCUUUAGUCGAACCCGUGAACCGAACUCAUUGAAAGACGAGACCGGGUGAAGACCAGCAGACUGCUGUUUGUGUCUCUGGUCUUUCUGUCCGUCCAAUUAGCGUCCGGCUGUGACGUCAUCUUCUGAAUAUGAAUCCCCUGCUGGUCCAAUGAGGAUCCUCCCGGACUGAGACGGACUGGGUCCACUUCACCCUGGACAGUCUGCAACGCUUCAUAUCCCCGUUAAUGAACCGAGCCCCGGACUGACCCACGUGCUGCUGGACCGGGUUCUGGUAUGAGACGGACUGAGCGCAGGUAGAUGAAGAGGUCAUGGAGACCCGGAGCUGUGGAGUCCGACACAUGUGCACUCUGACCCUGCUGCUGGUCUCUGUGUGUCCGCUCUGCUGCAGAGCCUCCUGGAUGCGGUUGGGUUUGACCCCUACCGGACCCCCUGAGGACCAGGACCAGGACUGUGCCGACCUCCCUCUGAGCCCCAGACAGAAGGACUUGUGCAGGAAGAACCCGUUCCUGCUGCCAGGCGUCCGGAGCGGAGCUCGACUCGCUGUCUCCGAGUGUCAGAGUCAGUUCAGACACGAGAGGUGGAACUGCUCCACCACAGAGGACGCGUCUGUGUUCGGACACGAGCUAACCAGCGGAACUAAAGAAACAGCGUUCAUCUACGCGAUGAUGGCGGCGGGGCUGGUCCACGGCGUCACGCGCUCCUGCAGUCAGGGAAACAUGACGGAGUGCAGUUGCGACACUCGGUUGCAGGGCGGCGGCUCGCAGGUGGAGGGAUGGCACUGGGGGGGCUGCUCGGACCACAUCCAGUACGGGAUCUGGUUCAGCCAUAAGUUCAUCGACAACACAGUCAAAAACACAUCGACGACCAGUGGAGGAUACACACUGAGCACCAUGAACCAGCACAACAGUGAGACUGGACGACAGGCGAUCGUCAGAACGAUGGCAACUCACUGCCGUUGUCAUGGCGUCUCUGGAUCUUGUGCGGUGAAGACGUGUUGGAAGACGGUUGCGGCCUUCGAGCACGUCGGCGCGUACCUGAAGGAGCGGUACGAGCGCAGCGUUCAGGUGUCGGACCGGUCGAGGAGGAAGGUGAGGAGGAAGGAUCAGCGACGCCUCCCCGUUGACACUCACCAGCUCAUCUUCUUCAACAAGUCUCCGAACUACUGCCUGGCAGACCGGCGGCGGGGCGUCGCCGGCACCAGAGGACGCCACUGCAACCGGACGUCCGCCGGCUCCGAUAGCUGCGUCCUGCUGUGCUGCGGCCGAGGAUACAACACUCACCUGGUGAGACACGUCCAACGCUGCGAGUGCAAGUUCGUCUGGUGCUGCUACGUCCACUGCAGGCGCUGCGAGAGCAUGAAUGACAUGCACACCUGUAAAUAA